AAGCUGUUAGCGAAGUCUGGGGUAACUUCCAUCACAUAUCCGCCCGCUGAAACCGAGUUUUACAACGAAAAGGAAGAAAGGCGGGUAGAUACCUUGCUUAAUGCUUGUGGAAUCACUCAAACUGUUCUUGUGCCUCAAAUGAAGGGUUAUUCAGGAACACCAACCGAGGAACAACAACAGUCAUUUACUAAAGGAACACCUUUUAGUGACAUUCAAGAGUACACGGAGAAUGUUUUAAAAAGAUUCUGGAGUAAGGAACGCGUGAGACAUUUAAUAUGUGAAUCCACUGAACAGUCGUACAGUGAGUUUGAAAAUCUUGUUAAGUGGAUGGCCCAAAUCCAUAUCUCAUUAACUUGUUCUAAGUUAAGGUGUUCAGGUUAUGGCUUCACUGGAGAGAGAGAACUUGGAUCAUUUGAUCCUGAAAAUAACCUCUACCAGGAGCAGAUAGCAAAGCACCUGCUUGGAUUAGCAUCGAUGACUAUUCAAGCCACCGUUGAGCCAAAAACUGGAGUAGGAUGUGUAAUCUUGAAGGGAGAUGAUGUAGUAGCUAUAGGCUGGAAUGAUUUUCCUUCUCAGAAAAUUGAAGAAGAGUUUCAUGAUUCCUCUGAUCUUGAAAGGGACAACAAGUAUCCUUUCUUUGUCCAUGCAGAACAAAAUGCACUUCUCAGGUGUAAUGUUGCAGACAUCUCAGGAAGUACUUUAUUUGUGACCAAAAUGCCAUGUCAUGAGUGCACACCUUUAGUGAAGGUUGCAGGUAUUGGGACUGUUGUAUUGGCAACUUCACUGGAACCAGUAACAGAAAAAUAUAAACUCAAUUAUGAAGUGUUUCAACAAGAGGUCAGUAAAGGUAGUUUCAUUUGCUAUGAACUGAUCUGA